AAUCUGCAUCUCCCUGGGUUGUGUGUGCACAGCCCUGCAUGGAGGGGCUUGUCUUGAACUCAACUUCAGACACCUUUCUCCAUGCUAAUCAUCUUGGUUGUUUCAUAGUUCAGGAAAGUAACAGGACUUGCUUGUAUGCAGGCACUUGCCUCAUCUGCAUCUACCAAUAGAUUCUUGUACGUCCCCAUGCUGGUGCCACCCUAUCUGCAGUUUACUGGGGAUACUGCAACUGUGUGUUGCCCCUCCCUCCUUUCAUUCUCCCAACUUCAUCCUUCAGCCUGGCUUCGCACACAAGGCCUCACACAGGACAACAAUGAGCAACAGUACUGAUAACACUCUUGCUAAAACUGAUUAACUGCCACAAAUCUGUCUCAAAAUGGGGGGCUGAAAGACUGAUAGUAGACACCUGGUUCAACAGCUGAGGGCCAUUUGAGCACGUGCCUAAAAACAAAGUAUGAGUCAGUCACCUUACUUCGUAAAUAGAGGGCAGCCCAGGAGCCCCUUGAGCUGCGUUACACAGCAGCUAGCUGCACAAAAGGAUUUCCUCUUGAGUAGGGUCACCUCUUGAGGUUACAUCUGUGCAGAGAUCUCUUACACUUGACAUCAAGGUGCCUUGCCGAUACAGAUCCUUAGCAGUCGGUGAAGAAAACUGGAAGGCAUGACCCCCUCCACAGACAAAAAGCUCAACGGGCUAGAUAACCCAAGCUUCAUGAGUGAAGAUGGGAGCCACCACUGUGCCUCACUGGAUCACGCUGCCCAGGGCCCAAAGGAAGGCAAGGGCAAGGGGCAGAGCAACAAGCUGGCCUACACUGUCACUGACAUACCCCCCUGGUACCUGUGCAUCUUGCUGGGUAUUCAGCAUUUCCUAACAGCCAUGGGAGGUCUGGUAGCCAUCCCGCUGAUCCUCUCCAAAGAGCUCUGUCUUCAGCAUGACCUCCUCACCCAGAGCCACUUGAUAAGCACCAUCUUCUUUGUCUCAGGAAUUUGUACCCUGCUUCAAGUCCUCUUUGGAGUAAGGUUGCCUAUUAUUCAAGGAGGAACUUUUUCCUUCUUGACCCCCACCCUGGCCAUGCUGUCUCUCCCCAAGUGGAAGUGCCCUGCCUGGACAGAGAAUGCCACCUUGGUGAAUGCUUCUUCACCUGAGUUCAUUGAAGUCUGGCAGACACGGAUGAGAGAGGUGCAAGGAGCUAUCAUUGUAACUUCUUGCUUUCAAAUCUUUGUUGGAUUUUCUGGCCUUAUUGGAUUUCUGAUGAGAUUCAUUGGCCCCUUGACAAUAGCCCCCACCAUCACCUUGGUUGCUCUGCCUCUCUUUGACUCGGCUGGGGAUAAAGCUGGACAGCACUGGGGCAUAGCAUUCAUGACUGUUUUUUUCAUAGUUCUGUUCUCUCAGUACCUGAAGAAUGUCCCUGUGCCACUGCCAUCGUAUCGGAGAGGCAAGAAGUGCCACUUCUCCCCCAUCUACAUCUUCCAGAUCUUCCCGGUGCUGCUGGGGCUGUCCAUGAGCUGGCUGCUCUGCUACGUGUUGACAGUGACUGAUGUCCUCCCCACGGACCCCACUGCUUACGGCCACCUGGCACGGACAGACACCCACGGGGACGUUUUAUCUCAGGCUCCCUGGUUUCGGCUCCCUUACCCAGGACAGUGGGGAAUGCCAACAGUCAGCUUGGCUGGGAUAUUCGGCAUCCUUGCCGGGGUGAUCUCCUCCAUGCUGGAAUCCAUGGGGGAUUACUAUGCCUGUGCCCGCCUGUCUGGUGCCCCACCACCACCGAAGCAUGCCAUCAACCGUGGGAUCGGUGUGGAAGGCAUUGGCUGCCUCCUGGCUGGGGCCUGGGGAACAGGAAAUGGCACCACGUCCUACAGUGAGAACGUGGGGGCCCUGGGCAUCACCAAGGUAGGGAGUCGCAUGGUGAUCAUUGCUGGUGCCUGUGCCAUGCUCCUGAGCGGCGUCUUUGGGAAAGUGGGGGCAGUGCUUGCCAGCAUACCCACCCCUGUCAUCGGAGGCCUGUUCCUCGUGAUGUUUGGCAUUAUCACCGCAGUGGGGAUUUCCAAUUUGCAGUACACGGAUAUGAACUCCUCCAGAAACAUCUUUAUAUUUGGAUUCUCUGUAUUUGCUGGACUCACAGUUCCCAACUGGGCGAACAAAAAUAAUACACUGCUAGAAACAGAAAUCAUCCAGCUGGACCAGGUGAUCCAGGUGCUUCUCACCACUGGCAUGUUUGUGGGUGGGGUCUUGGGGUUUAUCCUCGAUAACACCAUUCCAGGAACACAGGAGGAGCGGGGUCUCCUGGCAUGGAAGCACAGCCACAAGGGAGAGGUGGACAACUCCCAGCUCAUUUCCAAGGUCUAUGAUCUUCCAUUUGGCAUAGGCACUAAAUACUGUGCUGUCUCUUGGUUUCGGUAUCUCCCUGCUUGCCCCAAAAAACUACUUGGUGGCAAGAAAAUGGAUGAACUGAAGGCUGCUGGACAGGAUAGCAGUGUUAAUGCAAGCUUAGAAAGAGACUCUGAGAUAGGUGCUGAUACAAGGAUAUAAGCACCAGGCCUGAAGGUAAACUCUUCUCUCAAGCAGAGGUUGAAAAGCAUGUCUGCAGCCCCCAUCAUUUGAGUUGGAACAAGAGAAUGACAAUGCCUUUCUUUUCUUAACUGUCUCCAGAGCCACUGGUGACCUUGAGGGAAUCAUUUUUCUUCUCCCCGCUCCUGCCUGCCCACCUCUAGGAAGAACACCAUACUGCUUUGGGAAAUGCCUAGGAAGGAUGUUCAGUUUCCUUCCUUGUACUGAGCCCUGGGGACCCUGAGGAACAGUUGUUAGGCUGAAGCAGAGCUCUUUCUUUCCCCUGUUCUGACUGCCCUUGGGGCCACAGGAGAAGGCAUCUCUACCGCUCUUAUGCAUCCUUUGGGCUAAGAUUUAUCCCCUUCACCUUAAUCAUCUGCAAUGGCAACGUUCACAUCUCAGCUUGCGGUUUACAUCUUUUCGUGGCCAAAGGAAAGAAGUGGGCACCUGUAGGCCAUGACUCCUCUCUCUCCUGUGAUGCUUUAAAGUCAAAUGAAUGAUGUUGGAAAAGCAGCAUCUAAGGUUAAUGGGAUGAAUUGCCUUCUGAAGUUGCCUCUCCUUACCUACA